CGUUUACCAGUGAGUGUGUACAAAAUGUUUUACGUCGUAUUAUUAUUGGCUCUCUCCCUUGUGGGUAUCUCGUCAUGUGAACCCGCUAAGAUCAUCGGUUCCUGCCCCCCAACCCUUCCUGUAGACAUUUGUGAUCCAACAUGUGGACCAGAGUCUCCGUGCACCAAGCCUAAACAGUUGUGCUGUCCCACAGCUUGUGGGGGAGCCAUGUGUGUGGACGCUGUGACACAGAGGCAUUUUGUAGAUGUGGUGAAGCCGGGUCUUUGUCCAGAGCAACCUCGAGGACCUUGGGUUUGCACAGACAUGUGCACAACUGACUCUGAUUGCCCGCGAGCCCUCAAGUGCUGUCCCAACCGAUGCGGAGCAUACAUGUGUCAGAAACCUGACGUGGAACCACCAGUUCAACCAGAUGCAUAGAAAAGAACGCCGCCAGGAUCCAUUUCUGGAACCAUAACUGAUCACCUCAGCCAUUUUACAGUUCACUAAAAAGGAACCAUCUUUGGGAGACGAAAAUAAAGAAAUAACACGUCUUUACUUUAACAAAACCUUGAACUAGAACGAAUCUGGUCUCAGCCUCUGCCAAUUGAAAGAAAGAAGCGUGGCUCAACAUUUGU